UUAAAAAAUAAACAAAAAGAAAAGACUUUCGCUUUCUGAACAUGGCGGGAAAAUUAACAAAAAAAUUCUACCAAAAUUUUGCGGGUGAACGGGGAAUAAAAAGGUGGAUGUUGAAGAAAGGCCAAAAAGGCUAAAUUAUCAAAAAUUUUUGGGAAGAAGAUUAGGAGGAGAUAUGCAAAUGGGGAAUUUCGGUGAGAAUAUGGAGUUGCUUAAGCUUUCCAAAUUCAAGCUCCAGCUCCGAACUCUCGUCGCCCAAGUCCGGCAACUCAGAGAACGAGAUCUCUCUGCUGCCGAACAACUUCAUCAUAGUGUUCAGAAACAGAAGCAAACCGAGGAAGAAUACGGUAGAAAGUUACAGGAAUUGCAGGAGGAAUUGGCUUCGUCACAUGAAAUGCGGCAAAAACUAGAAAGAAAGGUCAGUCACCUCGAGAAUGAUAAUGCUUUGCUCGAAAACAAGCAAAAAGAGUUGAAGGCAACAAUACAGAACCUGCUUCAGUCAAGGGAAUAUUUCGUGAAUGCUUAUGAGGAAUCCACUUCUGAUAUGAAACGCUCAAUCGAAACCGGAAAUAGAAAGCUAAGUUUUCUAUCUGAGAAGAUAAAAUCUCAUUUGUUGUUAUUUGAUUCAAUAGAAAAGGAGGCCCUUUCCAUCAAGCAACUUGUGGAUAACAUACAACACCUUGUGAGUGAAAAAGACGAAGUAGUGGCUGGCUUAAAGGGCAAACUGGACGUUGUCACUGAAUUUGAAAAGAUUUUUAUUGAAAAGAUUUGUGACCUGGAGAAAAAGCUGGAAUUAGAGGAAGAGGAGACGCAGAGAAAGAAUAAAGUCAUUUCGGAGCUAGAAGCCCAGCUGGAAGGAGCAAAACUUAGUAGCAUCUGCCAGACUCAAAUUGAUGAGCUUCAGAAAAUUCUCUCAGUAAAAGAUGAGGUCAUACAGAAUUUAAUAUCAGAAAAGGAGGCAUUGCACAGUGAAGUUGGUAGCAUGGGGAUCAUCUUAGAGAAGAUUCAGAGAAUUGUUACAUGUAUGAAUGAAGAGGAUAAAGGGAGGUUCUCCUUGUUACUGGAACACCAAAAAGGGCGCAAUACUGUUGUGACAAAGGGAGACAAUAGGAUUAGAGAUGCAGCUCAAAAUAGCACAGAAAAAUUUUCAAGUAAGGCUUAUGGGACAGGCAGGACAGAAUUUACAGUUUCUGAAGGAAAUGCAUCUUCACCUUUAUCUCGAAAAUCUGUAGGCAACCACAUACUGGAGAACAAUAACACAGAUUCCUAUGUUUCAGAGGCAACUUCCUCAGAACCUCAAUCAGGAGCUGGUGCUCCAAGUAUCUCUAUGAAGGAUUACAAGGAUAAGAGCUCGACAACAAUACACCCUCUAGCUUCCGAGUGUUCAACCACCCAAGUUGAAGCCUCCAAAGAUCCAGCAUUUGGAGGGAGUAGUUAUCAAUAUGGUCAGCCAUAGGAGUUCAAGGAAAGCUGCCGAGGCAGUCAAACCAAUCAAUCUUGGAGAAAUCCAGCGUGUUACAUUUGGAGAUAUAUAUAUAUAUAUAUAUGUGGAGUUCAAGGAAAGCUGCCGAGGCAGUCAAACCAAUAAAUCUUAGAGAAUCCAGCGUCGUUUACAUUUGUGUGUAUAUAUAUAUAUAUAUAUAUAUAUAUAUUGUGUGCGUGCGUGUGUGUGUGUGUGUGACAAAUUCGGGAGAGAAUUGAAAAAAAAGUCAAACAGAUGGAUUGAAAUUUAUUAGUUAAAAACGGCCUAGGCAGUUAAACUAAUAAAAUUAUCAAGGAAUCCAACGUCUGUUUGAAAAUGCUUUACACAUUGUGUUCCAGUCAAAGACGACGUACAAAGAACUGCCCAGCCAGCUUUGUGGCCUAGUAUUUGGAUGCCCCUUGGAAAAAGAAUCACUCAAAACGAAUUUUGGUGCAUAGGAAAAUGUUGAAAUCGAAAGAUUUCGAAGGAUUUAAGACUGGGCCAAGUCUAAGCUAGGUUAGUAUGUGGCUUUACCUGGACGGCACUCGAAUCUACCGCUUCGCAUGCUGACAUUUUGAUGGUUUUCUAGCUCGGGAAAUGCCCGUGACCACAAUAUAAAACAAAACGGUUUUAGAAACAUGGCCAACCAUGAUUUAUUCA